AAGAGGCUGCCAUCUAGCGGCGAUCGCUGGCAGCACGCAGGGUGUGGAGAGCAGUUAGUCUGCGUGAGAGUGUACAGCAGUUACCACGGGCUGGUGAUGGCGGGACCGAGUUGUGGGUAGAACUGGGGCACUGUGUGUUGUGUUGCGUGUGUUACUGGGGAAUGUUACUGGGGACAAUGCAAGAGGACGGGCCAGGCGCCCAUAUGCUCCUCGUUCCUACAGUGAAAACAAGAGCUACAGACUUUUCUAUCGCUGCGAUUAUGGCCCGCGGGCCGCGUGGUGAGAGACGAGCUACCUGCGGCGCGGCGGCGGCGGCGGCGGCGGCAGCUCAUCACUCCAUCGGUUUGCCAACUCUCGAACGGCUGUCUCAGUCAGCUGGCCGCAGGCACCAGACGGCCCGCGGCUCUGAUAUUGAGGAGGACGAAAGGGACAAGUUGGCCCGUCGUGCGCAGGGCAGCCGAGUUGAGUGCGUUGAAGACUUGGAUACUGACGGCGACCAGCCGACAGUUGACGAGGACGACGAAGAUAUUGAGGUGGAUGUGGAGGAAUGCUCGGACAGCGAGAGCAUCCAGCAGCAGCAUGAGCACAGGCUGGGAACCAGAAAGUUGCUGAAGCCGGCCACCACGGCCUCGGAGUCAGGCUCCGAGCAAGGCGACGAAACAGACGGGGAUUCACCGGAUCCGGCCGAUGACAAGGCGGGCGCAGCGGCCAAAGUGAAGAUCCGGUGCAACUGCGAGGAGCUUCUGCAGACCGAGUGCCACCUGGAGACCAAGGAAUUGUGGGACAAGUUCCACGACCUGGGUACCGAGAUGAUUAUCACCAAGACAGGGAGGCGGAUGUUCCCCACGUGCCGCGUCUCCUUCACGGGUGUUAGACCCGACCAAAGGUACGCCGUGCUGAUGGACAUUGUUCCGGUGGACAACAAACGGUAUCGGUACGCGUACCACCGGUCAUCGUGGCUCGUGGCCGGUAAGGCCGACCCUCCCGCCCCCUGUCGCCUUUACAUGCACCCCGAUUCGCCCUUCACCGGGGAGCAACUCAGGAAGCAGGUCGUCUCCUUCGAGAAAGUCAAACUCACCAACAACGAAAUGGACAAGAAUGGGCAGAUCGUGCUGAAUUCCAUGCACCGGUACCAGCCUCGGAUACAUCUCAUCAAGUGGCGGGAACACGGAGGUCCCAUCACCGACCUUGAAGCUGAAGAAUAUCGAACAUACAUCUUCCCUGAGUCCGUCUUUACCGCCGUCACGGCCUACCAGAAUCAACUGAUCACGAAGCUGAAGAUAGACAGUAACCCUUUUGCAAAGGGCUUCAGAGACUCUUCACGUCUGACAGACUUCGAUAGGGACCCAAUGGACGCCUUGUUCAUGGAGCAGCACUUCCUCCGGUCGCCCCUCAGGCUCUACUCAGAGAUGGACGCCGAGAACAACAACAGCCUCUUCUCCGCAGCCAUGAUGGAGAAAGCCCGGGCUCACCUCCAGAUGUGGGGACGAACCGGAGGUCCACCUUACUCGACCGCCGAACUGCACACACUUCUGAUGAACGGUGCUGGCCCGGGGGCCGGUCCUCCUGUGGGCCCACCUCAGAUGUACGCCCUUGGGAGUCCUAGUCGAGGUGGUCCACCCCCUUGCCAACUCCCCAUGCCCCUGCCUGCUCAUCUGUGGGCUAGUGGCGGCGGUGGCGGACAGCCGCCUUCACCCUGGUCGUCACCGGCUUCAGUGCACGCCAGUCUACCACCCGGACUGCUAGGACCGCCACCCCUUCCACCCCCCAACGCUCACUCACAUCCUCAGUUGACACCCCCUCCACCUGCAACGUCAUCCUCUAGUUCCUCCGGGUCCCCUUCUCCCUCGUCAUCUUCAUCUCCUGCGGAGCUCCGUCUGCCAAGGCCAAUCUUUCCCGGGAUGAGCGGGCUGCAGCAGCGAUACAGUCCCUACCACCUAGUCCCUAAGCAACUGUCUCCUCCUGCGGCGGCCGAGAGCAGGAACUGAACCUCUGACCCACAGUGUUCAUGUGUGACGUGAUGCCCAAUCAGAUAUGGCAAACACUUUUCCUAUGUGCCGCUGUACUGGAUGCAUAGCAACGACCCAGUAACACUACCCGCAGGCAGGGGAACGAUUUUAGGAAUAUGACGCCGUGUAGUCUGAUAGACCUUGACCAAGGUUCAUCUGAAGCACAGCUGAGACCAGAGCCAAGUAAAAGCUGCAACCCUUUCCAAUUGUCCAUAUUCAGUGGGUUCCUGGUCACUUUCCGCGUGGAUAAGGCGACAGAGGCGUGAAGUUGUUCACUCGCCUUCAACUAGUGCUGAGGUCAAGAAUGAUGGAGCUAUACCUCCACUCCCCCGUACGUCUUCGUAGCUCGGUGUUUGAUUAAUUGAGAAGAAGGAAAACUUUAACUUACUUCAGAAACACAGACAAGUAUCUACCAGACUACACGGCGUGACACCACAGAAGACAGUAUAUUCCAUAGUCACCGAGGGAGUGGUCUGUUAUGUCAUGAAACUGUCAUCGGUAGGUAUUCAGAUGUUCUGUUCUGGAUUGUGACAGUUGUAUUUGGUGAGUGGUUACCAUUCUCCUGCCUCAGUCUUU